AUGCCGAUGAGCAAUGAAAACCAUUGCUUCAUCCCAUCCAGUACUGAUUUACUGAGUUCAUUCACAGUGAGGUAUCUGAGUAAAAGAGCCCAGUGCCCGAAACUGAAAAUGAAGGGUGAGGUGACCAUCGAAUCGAAUCGACGGGAGGAAGCCGCCCGCCUGUCCAUCGAACCCACGCCCUUCCCUGCUGCCUUAUACGCACCCACCAAAGUGACCAAACGUUGUGCAGUCACGCAGCGUGCACUCCCCGUCGUUCAUGGGAGCUUCCUAUCCACCUUUUCAGAGUAUCCACUUUCCUUGUUUUUUCCCCUCUCUUUUGGUUUUUUCCCACCUCAUCUUCCUCUUUCUCUCUGUGCAGCUUUCUCCAACUUCCUCCAACCGCUGUCCCUGUCCAUCAGCCGUCAUGGCUUGCUCUGUUGCACGCCCGUCACAUCAUUUACCUUUUUUGGUUUUCGUCGCUCUUGGUUCCUGUCCUUGUCAGGGUCCCGGAGGAACUGGGCAGAAAAUCCAUCCGACCGAACCCUUGACAUCAAAUUGCACCGCUGUCCGAGUAGCCGCGAACCCAUGUUGGUCACCGAUGUUGGUAUCGGGUCCCAGGCACACCGUCCUCACGGUCCUCUGCAGUACCGGUACGGAUACCCUUCAGGCCACCAUCCAUCCAUCGGCCAUCCAUCAAGACACCAUCGAAAGCUCAUAUCCACCACCACACCCCCGUACGUCAUAUCAUGCCCAUGUCUCUUCUACCAACGCGGCAACACCUCCUCCCACCCAGGCUUGGAGGACUGCUCACUGGCGGUCGUUGACCGAGGGUCUUUUGGGAGUUCGUACGGAUACUCCCUCCUGCAAUACCCCCUGCCCACCCCAUCAUCUCGCGCAGUCCAACUUAGCCUCGGCAUGUCGCUUUAUGAUUGGUCGUACUGCACAUUUCUAUUGCUGACCUGCUGUAUUCACUAUGCCCCAACCCUUUUCAUCCUGGUCUUCAUCUGGCGUAACAGCUCGACUUCUUGCAGAUGUCAGAGCAAUCCCAGGCUUUGCCACUCCUGUCGCCCUUCUUCCCGAGUUGCCAGAGGCCUGGAGGCUGCGGAUACUCGAACCCUUACCAGGCAAGCCCCUUGCUCUUCUCCACGAUACACUGAUAGAGAACAGAAAAAGCUAGAAUUGGGCAUGCCAACGUCAAGCCCUACAGACCUCCAACUCACGAUAGUGCUGAUCGUGGCACCACACCAAAUCGUCCCUAACAGAAUGAGUUUUCUCGGACCUGGACAAGACAUUACUGGCGGAUUGAGUAUCCGUUCAUCGUCUCGAGAUGUGGCCGUGAACUGCGUUGGGCUCUUCAUCGGCGAUGCUUUGCUACCAUCCACCAAGCAUCAAGCCGAGCUCUUCGGAGAACGUCAAUUGCGUCUCCCCUUGGAUCAGGCUGGUCCGCGACUCUCGCCGGCAUGCGGCCAUUAUAUCGGCCUGCUUGGCUCUUUCCGGUCCGGCCAUAUCGACUCGCAUUGCAAGCCAAUGAAGGCUCAGCACCACCUCGUCGCGCUCAGUUAUCUCGUUGCAUCUUCACGUCUCGUAUUCACCUUGAAAAGGCGGCGACCUAGCGCCCAAAUUGACCAUCUACCGCGCAUCGCCUGGCCCCGUCUCGGUGCAUCCGCGACGAACGGGGAUACUAAAGCCAUUCAACUCGGCCAGUCAACCACAAAAUCGUCUCUCCACCUACGGCCCCUCCUUCCAGUCGAUUGGGAUGCUGAAUCCCCUGCCGUUCUGCCGCCUAAGUUUGCAUACACCCCAGCAAUUUUCUAG